UUUCUUACCUUCUUCCUCUUCCCCCUUGUUGGCCCCAUCAUCUCCCUCACAAUCAUUGAUCCAAUGCUAGCACUACCAAAAGAGAGAGUGUAAGCACAGGGGAAAAAAAGUAGUAAUGAAUUUGCUAACCAUUUUCAUUCUCUUCUUGUUCUACUCAUGUUACAUUGCUUUCGCAAAAGUUGAGUUGAGUGAUCAAAUGUCUAUUCUACUUUCUAUUAAAGAAAGUAUCGUUGAUCCAUUGGAUCAACUUCGUGAUUGGACAGAGCCCAAUAAUGCAGCUGCAGGGAAUAACAGAAGUAUUGCUCCCUGCAGCUGGAAGGGAGUUGAAUGCAAUUCCGAUGGUGCAGUAGAGAAGCUUGAUCUAUCCCACAUGAAUCUCACUGGUAAAGUGUCUGACGAUAUCCAAAAGCUGAAGAGUUUGACUUAUCUCAAUCUUUGCUGCAAUGGUUUCUCAUCACCAUUGCCGGAAAGUUUCUCAAAUCUCACUGCAUUGAAAAGCAUUGAUGUGAGCCAGAACUAUUUUGUUUAUGGCUUCCCUGUAGGUCUUGGAAUGUCAGAAGGGCUUAUGUAUUUGAAUGCUUCGAGUAAUAACUUCUCGAGUUAUCUUCCGGAGGAUAUUGGAAAUGCAACAUUGCUGGAGACUUUGGAUUUUCGAGGGAAUUUCUUCGAAGGUUCAAUUCCUAAAUCUUAUAGGAAUUUGGGGAAGUUGAAGUUUUUAGGCCUUUCAGGGAACAAUUUGACUGGCUACAUUCCAGGAGAGCUGGGACAGCUUUCGGCGCUUGAGACUGUAGUUCUGGGAUACAAUGUUUUUGAAGGUGGAAUUCCAGCUGAGUUUGGAAAUCUGACCAAUCUCAAGUAUCUUGAUCUUGCUAUUGGAAAUCUUGGAGGUUCAAUUCCUUCUGAGCUAGGAAAGCUGAAGCUGCUCGACACGAUUUUCUUGUACAAGAACAAGCUUGAAGGCAAGAUUCCUCCAGAGAUUGGCAACAUGACUUCAUUGCAGCUGCUUGAUCUCUCCGAUAACUUGCUGAUGGGUGACAUCCCAGCUGAGAUUGCUGACCUUAAGAAUUUGCAGCUUUUGAAUUUGAUGUCAAACAAAUUAUCAGGCUCAGUUCCCCCUGGGAUUGGAGGUUUACCUCAGCUGGAAGUAUUUGAGCUAUGGAAUAAUAGCUUAUCAGGUCCUUUACCAAGUGAUCUUGGAAGAAAUUCACCAUUGCAAUGGGUGGAUAUUUCAUCCAACUCAUUCACUGGUCCAAUUCCAGCAGGAUUAUGCACCAAAGGUAACCUCACUAAGCUUAUCCUGUUCAACAAUGCUUUCUCUGGUCCAAUUCCAGCAGGUUUAUCAACCUGCACGUCUCUCGUUCGUGUAAGAAUGCAGAACAAUCUUCUUUCGGGGACGAUCCCAGCAGGUUUUGGUAAACUUGGGAAACUACAGAGGCUGGAACUGGCAAACAAUAGUCUGACAGGCCAAAUCCCAAGUGAUCUUGCUUCUUCUACUUCUCUUUCUUUUAUUGAUUUCUCUAGUAAUCACCUUCAGUCUUCUAUUCCUUCAUUCAUUCUUGCAAUCCCAACUCUUCAAAAUUUCAUUGCCUCAGACAAUAACCUGGUAGGCGAAAUUCCGGAUCAAUUCCAGGAUUGUCCUUCUCUUACUGUUCUGGAUCUAUCCACAAACCAUUUCACUGGAGAUCUUCCAGCUAGCAUUGCUUCCUGUCAGAAGUUAGUAACUUUGAACCUUGGAAACAACCAAUUAAACGGUCCAAUUCCAAGAGCAAUUUCCAUGAUGCCCACAUUAGCUGUUCUAGAUCUAUCCAACAAUUCUUUAACUGGUGGGAUACCUGAGAACUUUGGCAAUUCCCCAGCACUAGAAAUGCUGAAUGUUUCUCAUAACAAACUGGAGGGUCCUGUCCCAGAAAAUGGUAUGCUGAGAACAAUAAAUCCGGAUGACCUGAUUGGAAAUGCUGGUCUAUGUGGUGGAGUGCUUCCUCCAUGUGCUCAUAAUGCAGCAUACAACUCAAAGCAGAAGAGCUUGCACGCAAAGCACAUCAUCGCAGGAUGGCUAACUAGUGUGGCAGCUCUUCUGCUUCUUGUCACAGCAGGUCUUGGAGCUAGAUCUCUAUACAAGAGAUGGCAUGAAAAUGGAAGCUGCUUUGAACCAAGCUUUGAGAUGAGCAGUGGUGAAUGGCCAUGGAGGUUGAUGGCAUUCCAGAGGCUAGGAUUCACUAGUAAUGACAUCUUGGCUUGCCUUAAAGAGUCAAAUGUCAUUGGAAUGGGAGCAACAGGUGUUGUAUACAAAGCUGAAAUCCAACACCAGAAUAUGAUUGUUGCAGUAAAGAAGCUGUGGAAAUCUGGAACUGAUAUUGAAAUGGGGGACAGUGAUGAACUCGUAGGUGAGGUGAACGUUCUUGGAAAAUUGAGGCAUCGAAAUAUUGUCAGGCUUCUGGGGUUCCUUCACAACAAACGUGAUGCAAUGAUAAUAUACGAGUAUAUGCAAAAUGGCAGCCUUGGAGAAGUUUUACAUGGUAAACAAGCAGCAGGGAGACUGCUUGUCGAUUGGGUCACUCGAUAUAACAUAGCACUUGGAGUGGCACAAGGCCUUGCUUAUCUCCAUCAUUAUUGCCAUCCACCAGUUAUUCACCGGGAUGUAAAGUCAAACAACAUACUGCUUGAUGCAAAUCUAGAGGCAAGAAUUGCAGAUUUUGGUUUGGCAAGAAUGAUGCUCAAGAAGAAUGAAACAGUUUCCAUGGUUGCAGGAUCUUAUGGAUACAUAGCCCCCGAGUACGGGUACACGUUGAAAGUGGAUGAGAAGAGUGAUAUUUACAGCUAUGGAGUUGUUCUCAUGGAGCUCCUAACGGGAAAACGUCCUCUAGAUACUGAAUUCGGGGAAUCUAUUGACAUUGUAGAGUGGUUUCGGAUGAAGAUCCGAGACAAUAAAUCUUUAGAAGAAGCACUCGACCCGAAUGUAGGAGCAACACAACAUGUUCAAGAAGAAAUGUUGUUAGUUUUAAGGAUAGCAAUUCUAUGUAUAGCCAAACUCCCAAAGGAUAGACCAUCAAUGAGGGAUGUUUUGACAAUGCUCGAAGAGGCAAAGCCUCGGAGAAAAAGCAGUAGCAACAGUGGAGGUAGCAAUGCUACUACUACUAACAAAGAUAAGCCAAUAUUCAGUACAUCACCUGUAAAUGGUCUUCUGUAAGAAGAGAAGUCAUGUCCCUUUCCCUAUUUGAGUCCAUUUUAUUUGUAAUUGUCUUGUAGCAUUUGACUUGUAUUUAGAGGUUCAUACAUUGAUUCUUGUAUGUGUAGAAUUUAGGUAGUACAGGCUGCAUUCUUCCUGCUGCGAGUGAUGUUUUACUAAUUCUUUGAUCAUGUAAGAAGUAGUUAUUGAUCGAAUAACA